AUGAUGUUGUCUUCUCACGGCAACAACCUCUAUGACGCUAUAGCUUUACUUGAUGAGUGGAAUAGAGCUUUCUUUGGCUUAUUAGGUGUGACGAAGAACACUACCCAUCCCAUUUUCUCUCUUUCCAAUUACAACGGCCUCCCUCAACUCAACAGACCACUCGCCCCUGCUUACCUCGUUAUUAUGCAAAGAGCAGCUCAAUUAGGUUAUCUUUCCUUAUGUUUCGAAAUGUUGCACCAUCUAGUAGACCAGAACGCCCUAAUAGACAAGUUGGCUAGUGAGGAGAGUGAAAGAUCGCGAAUGCGAGCCCGCCUGUCCACGUUCCAACCGCUCGCUGUACCCCUCAAUACCUACAUCACCCUCUAUCAAGCAUGCAAGACUACGACUGACCAAACUAUUGACCAGCGGCGGCAUCUUCUCCAGCAGUUGCACACAUACUUCAUCGCCCAGCCCUCGUUCGCAGUCAUAAAAGGGCGCGAUACCGUGCUCCUCCACACCAAGUCGGCUGCGGCACCGUCUCCAAAUCAAGUCCUACUCAUUUUGUCCACCUUUCUCACCGUCACUGAGGACAUCGGCAAAGUGCUGCGCGUGUGGCAGGAGCUGCGCGUCAAGUUCCGCAAGUGCAGUGGGUGGAAUAGAGUGGAGCGAUUCAGUGCCAUCAGGAAGGUCAUUUUCGACUGCAGGGAUGAGCUACAGAAGGAGAGUAAGAAAAGCAAAGAUGGAAUAGACAGUAAGGACAGCAAGGAUAAUGCUUGGAGUGAUAUUGAUCACGAGCAGGCUAUACAAAGACGGAAACACCCGGAAAUACCCAAAACACACCCACAACACAUCACACCCAACCAACCAAUAUAA